AUGUCCAAAUUCUUUGAUCUCCCUGGUUCGCACAAACCUGCGCAGCAUGAGGGUGAACGAAAUAAUUUUAGAGGUCGAAAUGAAAGUUUAAGUUAUUUUGAUUAUGGAUCCACAACAGCAACUCGACAUGCCACAGUGUCGCUCAGCGGUGAUGAAGAUAAUCAAGAUGAUGAGAAAUUAGGGACGUACGAUGGUGUAUUUGUCCCCACGACUCUAAACGUUCUAUCUAUUCUUAUGUUUUUGCGAUUCGGUUUUAUUAUAGGGCAAAUGGGUGUUAUUGGUACCUUAGUUUUAUUACUAUUGAGUUAUGCCAUCAAUUUGCUUACUACUUUGAGUAUUUCGGCAAUUGCCGCGAAUGGCACCGUGCGAGGUGGCGGUGCAUACUACAUGAUAUCCAGAAGUCUGGGCCCCGAAUUUGGAGGUUCCAUUGGCUUGGUUUUUUUCAUGGGUCAAAUCCUCAAUAGUGGUAUGAAUGCGGUUGGUAUAAUCGAACCGUUACUUUACAAUUUUGGUUCUAAAAUUGAUUCAGAAACUCCUUCACUUUUCCCACUUUUGAGUCGUGGUUAUUGGCACGAAUUCGCUUAUGCUUCGGUAGUAUUACUUCUCUGCUUGACUAUUGCUAUAGUCGGGUCAGCAAUGGUUUCACGGGCUGGAAAGGUGCUUUUCUGGUUUCUUCUACUUGCUACUAUUUCAAUUCCGGUCUCAUCUUUACUGCGGGCACCUUUUUUUGACAACGAGAUUACAUACACGGGCCCCUCUCUCCAAACCUUGAAAGAAAACUUGUUUCCACAUCUCACCAAGGGAGCCGCUGGCUCGGUUUUGAAGGGAAAAGAAAAUUUCAAUGAUCUGUUUGGAAUCUUCUUUCCUGCAACGGCUGGAAUUUUUGCAGGAGCAGGAAUGAGUAGCGAAUUAAGGCAACCUUCAAAAUCGAUUCCCAAGGGAACUCUGUGGGGUCUACUUCUGACAUUUACUUGUUACACGAUUGUUAUAGGGACUGUGGGACUUUGUGUACCCCGUGAUUCGCUCUACAGGGAUGUUCAGAUUAUCCAGACGAUAAGCUCCUCACAGAUACUUAUUUUAAUUGGUGAGCUUUCGACUUCUUUGUUUUCAGUUAUUGUUGGGAUUGUCGGAGCAGCUUAUGUUUUAGAAGCUAUAGCGAAGGACUCCAUCCUUCCCGGUCUCUCGAUUUUCCAAAAAAAUUCGAACUACUGUAUCCUUUUCUCGUGGCUUCUCACUCAGAUUUGUUUAUUUUCCGACGUUAAUCGAAUUGCGACUUUCAUCACGAUGACGUUUCUUGUAACUUUUGUCGUGAUGAAUUUGGCUUGCUUUUUGCUUGAGCUCUCGGCAGCGCCAAAUUUUAGGCCCUCAUUCAAAUACUUCGACCGUUUCACAGCAUUAAUGGGAGCCAUUUUAUCGAUAAUUGCCAUGUUUGUGGUAGAUGGGAUUUCCGCUUCUGUUGUUAUCAUGGCAAUCUCGGUUAUUUUUAUUGUUAUUCAUUUUUAUUCUCCCCCCAGGUCCUGGGGAGAUGUCUCCCAAGGUCUCAUUUACCAUCAGGUUCGCAAAUAUCUUUUGAGGUUACGUCAGGAUAAUGUAAAAUAUUGGAGACCACAGAUUCUGCUUCUAGUCGACAACCCUAGAACAAGUUGGAAUUUGAUCAGAUUCUGUAAUCAUCUGAAGAAGGGCGGCCUUUACGUUCUUGGACAUGUCACCGUGGGGAAGAAUUUCCAGUCGGAAUACUCUGAGUUCCGCAAACAAACAAAGGCUUGGAUGACGAUAAGAGAUAUGGCACAUAUCAAGGCCUUUGUUCAGAUCGGAACCGGGACUUCUUUAGCGUGGGGAGUCAGAAAUGUCUUCUUGGGUUCAGGUUUGGGUGGUAUGAAGCCCAACAUCACUGUCAUCGGCUUUUUCGAUUUGGCGAACCACUACAAAACUAAGAAUAAGAAGGCCGAUGGAUCUGAGUCAAACUCUCAGAGUUUAAGAUGCAUGAGGGGUAGCCGCACCGACCAAGGCGAUAUAUCCAUCGAAAUGACUCCUGAGCUGGGCUCAUUGCCCACUGAUGAAUGCAAGAAUGAAAGAAAGAUCACCAUUCAGCAAUGGGUUCAAAUUAUUGAGGAUUUAUCUCUAAUGCAGAGUAAUAUAGCAGUUGCCCACGAUUUCGAAAACCUCAAUCUGCCCAGUCAAAGCUCAAAGAGCAAAGGAAAGGGAAAGCGAUUUAUCGACUUGUACCCAAUUCAGAUGUCAGCAACGAUGACCCUGAAUGAUGAGACAGCCGGUGGGAUCACUACCACGAAUUUCGACACAUACACUCUUAUUUUACAGUUGGGAGCAAUUCUAAUCACUGUGCCUGACUGGAAGCGAACACACACACUUCGUGUCGCCGUUUUUGUUGAGGAUGCCUCAGAAAAGUAUGAGGAAACCAAAAAAGUGCGCAAUCUUCUGUCAAUCUUGAGGAUAGAUGCUGAGCUUCUCGUCUUGUCUCUCGAUAGUUUCAGAAUUUACAAUACCAUUGUCAAGGGUGACCCGGUUGGCAUCAAAGAAGUCGACAUUAAGUUGCAAGGCGACAGCUGGUGGUCCGAACUCAAGGAGGCUAGAACAACACAUAGGUCUGAUCGUCGUUUCCUUAGUGUCGAGCCUAAUACAAUUUCAGUUCCGCGACUUACUCGACGGAACUCGGUGCGAUACAAUGUAUCGAAGCUGCAACGGUUGGGUGUUUCUAUGACAAUGACCUCCAGUGUUCCUAAUGAUAACUACCAAUUCCCGAUUUCUUCUGAUGAAGAGGAUGAGGAGGAUGAGGAAGACAAUAAUUCGACUACAAUGGGAUCAUCCUCGACCCUUUUAAGUGCCAACAAGACGAAGCAGCAAGGUCUUCCUCCCAAGAGUAACAUCAGUGCAUUGAAAAAAGCAACUACUAAAAGUUCUGAUGCGCAGUCAGUGCUUUCAUUAAUGCCUGUAUUUUCCAGCGAUGCAAUUCCUAAGACUAAAGUCAUAGAAGAUGCAACCGGCGGGCAGCCUUCUCUUAUCCCCAUUGUUGAAAAUGAUCAUGUUAACGGAAAACAGAAUAAUACUGACAAAAAUCCGAUCCUUCCAACUCUUUCUCCUCGUCAAUCAUCUGAAACUCUCAUGAAUGAGCUACAAAGCUUAUCGUUCAACAACAUUCCAAGCAGAGCCCAGCAUCUCAUAUUGAAUGACGUAAUGUUUCAAGUUUCUAGAUCAUCAGAUUUGAUAUUCUCUACGCUUCCACUUCCGGCGCUCAACACUCAUGCAAAUGAAUCUGCAAGUCUCGAGUAUGCUCAAAAUAUGGAACUAUGGUUAGCUGGUCUGCCACCGACAAUGCUUAUAAACUCGAAGUCAAUGACCGUCACUACUGCUCUAUGA